AUGGACACAGGGGAUAGAGUAGAAGGCCCAGCCCACACUGCUAAGCUCAAUCCUGCAUUGAGUGAGGAAGAAGGUGGAUGUCAGAUGGUGAUGUCGAGUCAUGACACAGUAACACUACUGAGUGGUGGUGUGGAAGCUGUGUUGGCAACACUGUCUCAGCCCCGCUGUUCCGUCAUGUUCUUCACGGACGGCGCCUCAACCCUCAGUACUGUGACUAAGGUGAAUCAAUUGCUGAGUUCCUGGAGUGUGUCAGUGUGGGAGGUGGCAGCGGACGGCCAGGACGCUAACGUGACGCUGACGCAGCUCCCCCACGUGGUCGACCAGGCUCAGCGGCUGCGGCAGGUGUCGUGGUGUGUGACGGUGGUGGUGGUGAGCGACGACCUCGCCUUCCUCGCCGCCUUCGCCCAGUGGUCCCUCAAGGGCCGCUUGGUAGGACCAUCAACCAGGCUCCUCGCUGUCACCAACGCUUCCUUGGUCAAUAAUCCGGACCUCAGCAGGACCUACUCCAAGAUGAACGCCGUCAUGCUGGCUGUAGACAACUUGCAGCAAUCCCGGCGGUGUGGAGUGUACCUACACCUUCCGUACAGUCCCCGGGGCGCCCAGGCGCUGAAGGUGGCCUCCUGGACGCCCCACCAAGGCCUCGCUCUCACCUCCAGCCUCCCGCUCUUCCCAGACAAGUUCUCAAGGCUCGCUAUCCGGCCGAACCUAAUGGUUAUAACACACGCUUUCCCCACUCACGAACCGGUGAUGGUCGAAGACCCCAGGGUGCCAGGAGGAAAGAAACUCAUGUUCUUCAGUGCUUUAGGAAACUUGACGCAAAUCUUAGCUGACACAACAAAUUUCACUGUCGACAACAACAACAACAACAAUACUGUCUUCAGUGACGACAACAACAGUAACAAUAUAUUGUUAAAUAUCGUCUUCAAUGACGACAACAAUAACAAUUUCGUCUUCAAUGACGAUAGCAAGAACAAUAACAUCUUCAGUGACGACAACAACAACAACAAUACCAUCUUCAGUGACGACAACAGUUACAAUGACAGCAGCAAAGACAGUAACAACAAAACAGCGUAUACGUUUGUGAUGCCUCCAGACAAUCAGUGGGGCCUCCAGCUGGAGAACGGGACCUGGAUAGGCACGAUUGGCAUAGCAAGCAGAGAGGAGGUGGACAUUGGACUUGGUCCUAUCAGCGUCAGUGCAUCGCGAGCCCAAGUUCUGGACUUCACGUGGCCAAUGUUUACUGUGAUUAGUAAUAUUGUGGGAGGUCGAGGUCGGCCGGAGGUGGACCCGUGGGGUUUCUUGUUCCCCUUGACGCCGCUGGUGUGGGCGGCCAUCCUGACGACGCUGCUGGUGCUGCCCCUGACGGUGUUCCUCCUGUCUUCAUGUGUGACGAUGGAGGCACCAGGAGGGUGGCUGGAGUAUGUGUUCAGCUUCACAAGAAUAUUUCUACAACAAGGCAAGAAAUAUUUUGCUGAAGGGAUCUGUUCUCUUGGAACAUUAAAAGUUCCUCGAUUUUAA